AACAAGGAAAAGCACGCAGUGAGAGAGUAGUGACGGUAGGAAGCGUUGUGUUGUGUGUUAGAGGACAGAGGUGUGUAGUGCCGUGAAAAAGCUAUUGACGGGUGGUGUCUUAUAAGUUUGGUUGAUUGUUGGUCGGUAGUAGCCGGGUAGAAGAAGGAGUUUUGUACAGGAAUCCGGUUUCCAGGCAGCUGAAGUGAUUAAGAACAACUUGCAGAAAGAUGAAUAAAGCCUCUGCACCAUCAGCACCAAUGCCAGAGUUUGAAGGCAAUGAAUUUCAGGGCCACCCACCUCCACCGUCAUAUGAUCAAGCAAUGUCUGUGUAUCCACCUCCAGUACCUGAAGCACGUCAGGGUGGACACGCACCCUACCCACCACAGCAGUUGCCCUACCCGCCAACAGCAGCACAGAUGUCUUAUCCACCAACUGUGGCACAGCCGCCUUACCCAGCAGCAAGUUCUCAGAUGCCGUACCCCCCUGCAGGACAACAGAUGCCUUACCCACCAGCUGGACAACAGAUGCCAUAUCCCCCAGUGGGAACACAAACACAGCCGCCAUAUCCUGUGCAGCAGCCUCAGGGUUUUAUUCCAAGUGGUGAGCCACAUUCCAUUCCACAAACGAACGUGCCACCACCUCAGCCUCCCGCACCCCAGCAGACAUCAGUAACAACAGCAGUGUUCGUUAAUGGACCUGUGGCAGUAGGACCAAAGCCUUGCAGAGUGCGGUGUCCUAUGUGCCAUUCAGAUAUUAAAACCAGCACGGUCACUGAAAACCAGGCUGGGGCUCACAUCGCUUGUAUUAUUCUUUGCCUUCUUGGGUGCUUUCUGUGUAGCUGUAUUCCAUAUUGCAUGGAUUCUUGCAAGAUUGUCCAGCACAAGUGUCCAGUCUGCAAGAGUUAUCUUGGAACCUAUAAGGGCUAAACAAAUUCUGCAACUUGCAACACCGGUGCUCUGUGAUUCAUGGUUGCUAUGAGGAACGUUGCAUUUGAUACUCCAUUAUAUGUUCUUGUUACAUUGUAAUCUCAAUGUUGUAUGCUACAUCUGUUGUUGUCGUCUUGCCAUUUCUGCACUGUAAUUUAAAAAAAAUAAGAUAAGACUAAGUUCAGUCUUCUGCGAAGAUGAAGAGCAAACUUCAUAAUUUUUCUUAAUAAUCUUAAUGCCAAAUACUUAAACUUGUGUGCAAGUAAAUUUUUGUUUUUCAUGUAGAAUUUUAUCUAAGUUCCAGGAAUACUGUGUAAAAGCAUGACAAAAUUUAUGCCACAUAACGGUGUGGAUGUUGUGUAGAUCUUCGUAAGUAAAUGUGUGAGGAAGACCAGUGAUGAAUCUUCCCUUGUAUAUAUGUUAUAAGCUAUAAUAUGUCAGGGAUAAGAUCUGCCUGCAUGUAAUAUGGACAGUGGUAUGAAGUGUUAUAAGUAAUAAUCAGUUGUUCAUUGUCUUUGUUUCGUUGUGCAAAGUAACAAUACCUGCAAAAUAGUUGUGGUAGAUUAUUCAGCCUCAUAUGGUCACAGCCAAAGUAUACUCGUUUAUAAGUUUCAGAUUUCAUGUUUCUAAUAUUUAUGUUUACUGUACAAACAUAUUUUUCAGUUUCUUUAUGCCAUAUUCUUUUAACACAGCUUGCCAGGUAUACUCUUUUAAAUUGGAACUUAGAUCAUUCCUGUGAUUAUGAUUUUCACACGUGACAGUGAAACAAGUGUGCUGCAAUUAUGAGAAAUGUGUGAUGAUUGUCAUGUUAACAUCAAAGGUUGUAAAAGUAAUCACUUUCCAUUUAUCAUUACAGUAUGUGUGUGGUGUUACAGAAUGGGUAUCUGUGUUAAAAUGUUGGUAUUUUCCAGUAUCAAAAGUUUGUAAGCCACCUUAUGUGGCUGUUUAUGUGGGAAUAAGGAUAUAAUCUGUGCCAAUUGACUCACAUGUCAUACAGAUCAUAUUGAAAAUGACAAGAGGAAAUAGAUUUUAGAUACAAGGUAACUUUUUUAUCUGUGCUAUCAUAUUUAAUGAAAUUGAUAAAAAGGUAUGAAGUGUUCUUCCCGUUUGAAGGAGGAGACAAAGUGCUUUUUUUUUUU